AUGUCACUAAAGUUUCUCUCUCUCUCUCUCUCUCUCUCUCGCUCUCUCUUUCUCUCUCUGAUCUACAAGUUUAAGCACACAUUCAUAGAAUAUGUUAAACACAUCUAUCUAUCUAUCUAUCUAUCUAUCUAUCUAUCUAUGUAUUUGUUUCUUUCUUUUAUUUUCGCAUUGAAACCAAGUAGUGCCUUCCCCUCUCUUUCUCCGCGAUCAAAAUGGAAUAAUCCAUUAUUUAUGAGGCAUUGGCAGAAGACUUUAAAAACUUCUAUCUAUCUAUCUAUCUAUCUAUCUAUCUAUCUAUCUAUCUAUCUAUCAUUCAUUUUCACAUUGAAACCAAAACGGAAUAGUCCAUUAUUUAUGAGGUAUUGGCAGGAUACGUUAAACACAUCUAUCUAUCUAUCUAUCUAUCUAUCUAUCUCUCUUUUUUAUAAUCUGUUCCUAUCUAUCUAUCUAUCUGUGUCUUUCAUUUUCACAUUGAAACCAAGUAGUGCCUUUCCCCCUCUUUCUACGCGAUCAAAAUGGAAUAAUCCAUUAUUUAUGAGGCAUUGGCAGGAGACUUUAAAAACAUCUAUCUAUCUAUCUAUCUAUCUAUCUAUCUAUCUAUCUAUCUAUCUAUCUAUCUAUCUAUCAUUUUCUCACUGA